GUCACUUUGGCUACAAGUCUCACCAUGACCAAAGGUAAACUUGCUUCCUAUAAAUGUAGCGGGAUGAGUAGAUAAACAGUUACAGUAGGAAUAUCCUCCAGCCGCUUUAAACUGACCCGGACUCGUUUUCCUGAAUAUGAGAAGUUAAACCAGGAGCUCUUUAUUUCGUAAUUGACCUACUUUUACUGUGCAGAGGGAGAAACAACAAGUGCGUUAUAUAACUGAGGAAUUCGUCCCAGUGGAACUUGCACAGUGUGAGCGAGGUACCUGCACAGGUAGUAGCCCUAUAAAGCUCACCUGUACAGCAGAGGGGAGCGCGGUGCUGUCUGUCAAUGGCUGGAGCUAUGGAUCUCAGGUUGAUGUCCGCGGGGGUCCGGGGCAUGUUCUUCAUGCUGACACCGAACGAGUCAUCGUUUGAGAAGGUGGAAGAAGUUCCUCACUAUGUGCAGCAGGCCACUCCUUUCUUUAUAGGGCUGAUGGUGCUGGAGGUGGUCGUGGGCUUUCUGAAGACAGGUACCCCAGCGAUUACACUCGGUGAUGGACUCACCUCUGUAUUUUCUGGAAUGAUCUCCAGACUCCCCAUGUUGCUGGUGAGAGGCUGUGAGCUGACUGCCUACAUGUACGUGUGGGACAAAUACCGCCUGCUGGAGCUGCCCUGGGACUCUGCCUGGACCUGGUGGUUCAGCUUCCUGGGCGUCGACUUCUGCUACUACUGGGUCCACCGCCUCGCUCAUGAGGUGUCCUUCAUCUGGGCUGCUCACCAGGUUCAUCACAGUUCAGAGUACUACAACCUGACCACAGCCCUCAGACAGUCGCUCACACAGCAGUUCACUUCAUGGAUUUUCUACCUGCCCCUGGCUCUGGUCGCUCCCCCCUCGAUCUUUGCCGUCCACAUCCAGUUAAACCUUCUGUACCAGUUCUGGAUCCACACAGAGCUGAUCAAAAACCUCGGACCUCUGGAGUGGAUCUUCAACACCCCGAAACAUCACAGAGUUCAUCACGGGAGAAACCUUUACUGCAUUGACAAGAACUACGGAGGAAUUCUCAUCAUUUGGGACCGGUUAUUCGGUACCUUCGCUGAAGAGAAAGAAAAAGUGAUUUAUGGCCUGGUGUUCCCCAUCAACACCUUUGACAUCCUCUACGUUCAGUUACACUACUACUUUGAUUUGUGGGGACGAUCCCAAACCUACAAGACCAUCGCAGACAAAGUGUUGACUUUUCUCAACGGGCCCAGUUGGAAACCUGGUAAACGUCGACUCGGCGACCACGUAGACAAUCCUGUGGUUACUGGAAAGGAAGUUCCUCACGAUCCCAGCUGGUCUCUUCCUCUACAGCUCUAUGUGGUCAUCCAUUUCCUGCUGGUGCUGUGGACUUACCACGAUCUGUUUGAAAAGAAGAUGAUGAUGUCACAGCUCACCGUCCUGGGAAUGGUCCUCUACAUCCUGCUCACUCUCACCUCGCUGAGCUACAUCAUCGAUCAGAGGCCGACAGCGUCCCUCCUGGAGAUGCUGCGCUGUGUCGUCAUGGUGACGAUGCAGAGGUACAACUGCAUGACGCCCCUGCUGCCCUCACUGGCUGUGCCCACAGAGGCCUUUGUCUCCCUCUCUCUGCUGUACUGGGCUCUGCAGAGCUUCUCCCAGCUGCUCAGCAUCAAGAACAAAGCCGACUGAGCCCACGAGAGGAGACGCACAGACGGAUGUUCAGGAGCAUUUUCAUCCUUUUUAAAAGUCAUAAUUGUUUACGUAAUUGCAUAUUUUACACAUCUUAAUCAAGUUUUUAACGAUGUGUCUUUACGUGUCAUCCAUUAACCUCUGCUGUAUUUUUAUUGGAGAAGCGAAGACUCGAGCUUCUGCAUGAUUCUCUUUUUACUUGAAUGUUAAUGUUUAAAGUCUGUCUAUGACGAAAAGCUUCAUGACAAAAACAGAACUUCCACAUUUCUGUCAGACACCACACUCGCUUCUUCCUAAAUGUCUCUGGUGCUGUGAGGACAAAGGUGCUACUGUGAUAAUCAACUCACUAAUCAUUACGUGUAAUGCCUUUACUAUGCAACGUAUACCUCUCAUAAAGCAGAUUCUGCUCACUCUGAUUAAUCCUAGUUUGACUUGCACAACACUGUACAGUUCAUUGUUUUCCUCUUCUGACUGCAAUAAAACCCGCCUCAACCCGUG